ACUUGACAAAUAUUGUUAAAUUGAUCGGGAUGAAGAAUGAGGCAGCAUUUUAUUGGAUAUUUGUGAGGCGUGUGGGAUAGACCUAGGAGAAUGAUUGCGUCUCCGUUCAGAUGAGUGAUUUAAACUUGGAUUAUGACUUAUCACAACAGGGAUUGUAUUGUUUUGUGGAUAUUGGAUUAUAAUAAGUUGCCAUUUAAUGACUUUUAACCUGAUUGUGGCUACUGUGUAAAUAUUUCUGGAUUUUGUGAAGGUGUCGCUGUGAAUAUUUCCAAGCAGUUGCCUGACCAUUCUGUUUUGACUGAAAGCGAUAUGUGUUCAUGUAGAGGAUAGUAAAGGAAGCAAACAAUAAAAAUGGCGGAGGUUUGCGAUGCAAAUUUUCAACCCAGCGUGCGAAUGUGUGUGUUGCUAGUCAGCGUGGUUGCCCUGGCAACCCAGACCCAUUCUCAGGAUGCUAAAUCAUGGACGUUCAAUGUUCCGGGAGUGUCAUUUUUGUCAUUUUCACCUCAAUACUCAAAUACGCAAAAUCAACGCAUUUCAUUGAAUUUCAAGACCAGGAACCCUGCUGGGUUGUUGUUCUGCCAUUAUUUAAAGGACCUGGACAGUGUUGAACUUCAAAGGAUCAACUACCAUCUCUGCGGGGAAUUGCAAUAUGGAGUGUUUGUGUUGACGUAUAAACUUAUGAAGUAUUCUGACGGAAUAUCUCUUGGGCAAGCGCUACACAAUGAUCAGUGGCAUUCUCUGGACAUAUUUCUGGAUGUACGGACAGGGGAGUUGAAUGUGACCCUGGACAGCGAGUCUAGAGUGACCUCCCUUAAAGCCUACACCCGACAGAACUUUACAAGUCAGCUGGACUGGACAAAACAGGGCUCUGUGCUCUACUUUGGAGGCACAGACCCGGACACGUUAUUCUCAGACGUGUUCCCUAAUCUCAUUGGCUGCAUGUCCAACAUCCAGUACCAAUCAGCUGACAACAAGAUGGUUGCUAUUCCGGUGGCAAUGAGGAGGGGCGUGGUUGAGGGGUGUGUCAACAUGUGCACCAACAACCCAUGUCAUCAUGGUGGGGCGUGCAUCAACGGCUACAGCUCUGCCAUAUGUGACUGCUUUGGCUCAGACUACCAGGGAGAAUUCUGCUCUGAGCUCGGCCCUGCCACAGUCACCCUUCGAGGCUAUGACUGGCUGACCUACACCUUACAUCCAUAUGCCAAGAAUGUUCUCACUGAGGCAACUAGACUAAGUCUGGAGUUCAAGACAAGUCGUGGGUCGGGUGUUCUGUUCUACGCUGUGGGUGGCUCCCCCUACCACAGUCAUGUGACCGCCUCGGUGCAUGCUGGGACGGUGAAGGUGUCGCUGGCCUUUGGGGAUGAGGACAUUGAAGUGCAGGCGGGGAUAAAUGUGGACAACUAUCGUUGGCAUAACCUGACAAUAGUGCACAGUCUGAAAAAGGUUCAUGUGUAUUUGGAUGGCACAGAACAUAUAAGAAACAUUCUUAAUGAUAAACAUCACCUUGCCCUGGACCCAAAGAUUUUCAUUGGAGGCGGAAAUAACUUCAUUGUCACUAGAGGUCUACAAGUUACACAGAACUUUGUGGGCUGCUUGAAGAACAUAUACAUAAAUGACGUCUCAGUGCUCUACGAAAUGUCCAUCAAGUCCAACAAGGUUGCAUACUACGGUGGAGGCAUGAUGCAGCCUGAAUAUGGCUGCACGGAGGUAGUCAACAUCCCAAUAUCCUUCCCUACGGCAGCCUCCAUGUUGACCCUUGACACGACAAAGAUCAUGGCCAAUGACUUCGGUAUCGAGUUUGACUUCAAGACUGUGAGGACCGAGGCAAUCAUGUUGUACCUCAGUCUGCAAGAUAUGGACCGCACAAUUGAGUACAAUUUUGGAUAUAUUGAGGUUUGGUUGAAAGCAGGGCAGCCCCAGCUGAAGUUUGUCCCCUCCAUGCUCCACAUGGACCGCUCCCAGAACUACACCAUACCCCACCCAGUCAACACCAAUGUGUGGGUGUCAAUGGCCUUGACCUUUAAGAAUGGGAUCGCGACCCUGAAAGUUAAUGGCAGCGUUGUAUCAACAACAGCAACCCGUGGCCAGCUAGAAAUAUUCAACAGAAUUGUGCUUGGCUAUGGCUUCAACCAGUAUAAAGCCAGUGAAGGUUAUGUAGGUUGCGUUCGAAACCUCAAAGUUCAAGGUCAGACAUUGGAUGCCCUUGACCUGGUUCAGAGCAGCGCUGCAUCAGGGCUGAUCAUUGAUGGCUGUAACAUCACAGACUAUUGCCGUAGCAGUCAGAUGUGCGAGCACGGUGGUGUGUGUCUGUCUGAGUGGACAGAUGUGGCAUGUGACUGUGCAGAGACCCACUAUACUGGGAAGGCAUGCCAUUUCUCAAAGUACAAGAAGACGUGUGACGAGUAUUUCCAGGCUGGGGUCAACCAGUCAGGGGUCAUGCUCAUUGACCUUGAUGGUCCUGGUGACCUUGACCCUGUUCACGUUUUGUGUGAGAUGGGGUAUGAAGAAAAGUAUGAAUACUUUGGUCGCACAACUGUGGACCACAACCUAGAGGCCAACACGCCUGUGCGGGGUCCAAUGAAGAGAAACAUGAAGAAAUACCUAACCUAUAGGGGCAUGGACCUGGGAGGGUUGUUGCGCUUGACAACAGAGUCUGCCUGGUGUAAACAGUGGAUCCAAUAUGACUGUAUACAUGCUCCAAUCAGUUUGGGUACCAAAACUUGGUUCCGUUCUGCGUCCGGGGACAUGAUAGAAUACUUGGGCACCAAUGAUAGCCAACCGGGUCUCUGCACCUGCGCUCUCACGGACUCCUGUGCUGGGGAGAGGUGUAACUGUGAUAAUAAAACAAUGACCUUGACAUCUGAUGAAGGUUACAACAGUGUUGCUAUGCAACUGCCCAUCACCGAGGUAAACAUAGAACAGGACAGCAACCCCCUGGACCCGGGCACAGCCAACCUUACCCUGGGGCCUCUGAUAUGUUGGGGGAACAGUCGCCAGCGUCCUGUCACAGCGGUAACAUUCAACUCAGACGAGGGGUUCCUGGUGAGUCAUUCCUGGAGGUCAGGUGAUCUCCGAGUAAGUUUCCGCACACAUCAUUCGAGCGCCAUCAUUCUUUACCAGACAGGCACACCUGACAACAUCAACUACUUCAUAGUGGCUGUAUCUUCGGAGGAUACAGUAAAGUUUUAUUUCCGCUGGGGCUUAAAGCAGCUAGAAGUGGUCAUUGUCAGUCCAUCAGUGGUCAGUGAUGGUCGGUGGCACGAGGUUUCCAUAGAGACUGACCGACACAAUGUCCGGUGCAUGCUGGACCUCACGGAGCAGAUACUGACCAUACCUGAGGGCGUACCCACUGUGGCCAUGUUCUCAGGAAUCCUCUACAUUGGUGGAGUCCCUAGCAGUGUUAAGAAGGACCCUGUUGUAGACAGCAUACGUGGGAUGGUAGGCUGCAUGCGUGGUCUGGCAUACAACGGGCGGGCCUACCCACUCAACAGUCUCAUAGACUCCAGCAGCCAGAACACUGUGUUUGAGGAGUGUAUGGCGUCCUGUUGGCCCAACCCGUGUCUCAAUGGGGGUAGGUGCGUGGAGGAGUGGGGUGCGCAUCAGUGUGUCUGUGCCAACCCCUGGGCUCACUCCGGGCACAACUGCGGCUUUGACCUCAACACAGACUCAGUGACAUUCAUUGGUACACGCAGCUCCUACCUUCACUACGAUGCACCUGUUGACUCUGGUUUCCUUGACAACACUAUCAUCUUCAGCUUCCGAACCUUUCUUCGUAACACGCUGCUCCUGUAUAUCCAUGACCACCUCAACAACUUCAUCCAGGUGCACCUGCAGGAUAGCAACAAGAUCAUUGCCCGCUUCAACAGGUUCAACGUCAUUCUCCAGCAGACAAAGGAGAUUAAAGGUGUUCUGGAUGAUGGCAGCUGGAACCAGGUUGUCAUUGACAACGCUGACGGCUACAUCAAGGUCAUUGUGAACGUCGAUGAUGAACUAACUAGGAACUCGUACAAGAAACUGCCCCUGGAGUCUUACACACAGAAGCCUUUCACUGAUGAGGAGCGUGUGUCACCCGUACGUGGCCCCAUCGCGGGGCCUGCUGGGAUACAUGUGUAUGUAGGGGGAGUACCGUUCAACAUGUCGUCCUAUCAGACACUGUACGGCUGCAUAAGGGGCCUCAAGAUUGGAGACACUGUUUUUCAUCUGCAGGAGGAGGCCCAAAAGACUAAUGGAGCUGUGACAGCCAUGUGUAAGGAUGGCUGUGAGAGUUCUCCAUGUAAGAACGCCGGGGUGUGUGAUGAGCAAUGGCAGGACAGCCGCUACGUAUGUGACUGUGCCUUCAGCGAGUUUGCUGGACCCACGUGUGAAACAGAGGCGUCUGGCUACUUCACGGGGGAGUCCAUUCUUCAGUACAACUACAAACCACCGAAGGAAGCCGAGGAGACCCGCACAGAGCGGCUCGAACUGGUUUUCCGGGUCAAUCAGGAAAUUACUCAAAACAUGAUCCUGGUCUUCAUAUACAGUGAGAGGUAUUGGACACAUGAUUUUAUCAUUGUCUAUCUGGACCCAAACCAUGGCAUAUAUCUCAACACCAACCAGGGAUAUGCCAUACAUGGCGUUGGCAAGGCAGGUCGGUUUGCUGACGGCAAACCCCACCAGCUGCUGUACAGUCGACACCAAGGGGAGAUGAUCCUCACUGUUAGAAGCGCAUCACAUCCACUUUUUAGAAACAAAUCGCUCAGUAUUGAUGAGGAAGGUAUUGGCAGAGUUACGGUUUCUGACAAUACGCUAGAUGAGCUGGACACCAUCAUGAUAGGCGGGAUCCUGAACUCUCAGUUUGAUAAGAUACCGGACACAGCUGACUACAGACAGUAUCUCAACUUCACAGGCUGCAUGUCAGAGGUUACAUUCUACCCUACCGGAGACCUGCCAUACAGUCUAAGACCUCUGAAGGACAUCAGGGAUGAAAUGAACUCCACGGGGGUGGCAAGGAUGUUCGGUCCUGACGUUGAAGGCUGCAGCACUCGUGAUGGACGAAUUGUCAUGACAACCACCACGCCCCCACCACCCAAACCUUCCACUGUCUCACCGCAGCACACCUUUCCUCCCUGGAACCCCGGACCAGUGAGGACAGAGCUCAUAGGUCCCGCCCCCACCCUGCCCCCCAACAAGACCAACCCCAUGGUUACCAAGGAGACCACACCCUCUACUUCUGUUGCCAUAGACACAGAGUACAUACAGGGGUCACAUGAUAAGGGUCGUCACGACAAUAAAGUCAUUGCUAUAGCCUUGUGCACAGUUGGGUUCCUGGUGGUUGUAGCCAUCAUGGUGGCGUGUGUCCUCGUUAAACUUCGAAAACGUGAAGCCAUACGUCAAGAGGCAAAAAAGAAAAUGAAAGAAGCAGACAUAGAGUUGAAGGUGCCCCUAGAUGACGUGGAUGCAGCAAUCUCUGAGAAUCAGAAGAACCAGAACUAUCUGGCAAGACUUGAUGAGUUCAGCAUGGUGACAGUUACACUUGGAGCUCGGCCACAGAAGCACAAAGAGAUGUCUACGUUCAAGCCGCCGCCUAGUGAAUCAUCCUUCACCUAUUCUAGUGUUCCGCAGUCAGAGGAUGAUGGUCCCCCAAUGGCCGAGGCAAGGUUCUAUAACCGUAAGAAGAACCGGCCUGCAUCCUCGAUAUCAGAGGUCCUGGAGGAGAUGGAACGGCAGAGGAACGCACCAGAUGCUGACCCUGAGGACAUAGAGACCCUUCAUAACGGCCCCUUGUGCACUGUUGCUAUGGAAACAAUGCCGCUCACUUGUCGCCAUGAUGAUGAUGAUAACGAUGCUGAUAACGAGUCAGAGUCUCCAACACCACCCCCACUACCUGCCCAUGUCAUGAACGAGUACAACGGAGACAGCGGCUAUGAGGCGGAGUCAAAACCAGAUGAGGAGGAGACAUUAAUGAUUGACAGCUACCUUGGAAAUGACAGUUAUGCAGAGGAGGUCACUCCAACUCCACACAGUUACUUCCCUUCAUCACCAGGGUCUAAAAAUAGCAAUUACACUUCAGACAAUAAUGCUUCGCCAAUGUCAAGGUCAGAUAAUGAGUCAAUUGAGAAACAUUCAGACUCUUUCAAGUCAAGUUCUUCUAGAGUUACUGCCCCUGAGGACUCAAAAGUGAUCCACUAUGGAUUUCCAAACUCACCUGUGAUAGACAUCAACAAUGGCUCUCAUCUGCUACGCAAACAAUCUUCAGUUGUGACACAAGAUGGACAGGAAACUUAGUUUUUCUCCAUUUUGUAUCAAAAUAUUUUUUCAAUAGUACAAAAUCAUAUUUAUUCAACAGUACAAAAUCACAUCAUUUGCUGCCUGAAUUAUGCUAGUUAAAUAAAUAUAACAUUUUUCUUAUGAUGAUCAUUUUGAUUCACUGCAUUGAUUUAAUUCAAUUUCACAGUCAGUGGUUUUAAGUGAACAGCAAAAAUGCUAUAAUACUAUGCUUGGGGCAUAGUCAUGUUUUUUUUGCAUAAAAGAUUUUAUAAUGUUCAUUGGUGUAGUAAACAGGGUUUAAUCCAUGUGUGUAAAGUACCAGAUGUUCAUUGGUGUAGUAAACAAUGUUUAAUCCAUGUGUGUAAAGUCCCAGAUUGGCCUUUCCAGUGCGCAUAGGCUAAUCAGGGACAACACUGUCCACUUUUAUGGAAUGUGAUAUGUUUUCUAAGCGAAUAUCCAUUCUAGGCAGAAGGUGUCGUCCCUAAUUAGCCUGUGCAGACUGCACAGCCAAAUCAGGGACGACACUUUACGAACAUGAAUAAUUUAACCAUUGAUUGUCAUUGACAGCACAAAUUUCUGACUCAUGUAAUAUUGAUUGAUGUUAUUCAAAUGUUGAUUGAUGUUAUUCAAACAACUGUUGUUUGUUAUACUGGGACCGUAAUUUUUAGCUCGGCUGUUUUCGGAGAAAACCUGAGGUAUUGUGAUAGCCAGCUUGUUGUCCGCCAUCCGGCGUCCGCCAUGCUAAAACCUUUACAUUUUGCUCUUAAAUCAAAGUGCUUCCACCUACAACUUUGAAACUUCAUAUGUAGAUGCACCUUGAUGAGUUCUACACACCACACCCAUUUUUGGGUCACGAGGUCAAAGGUCAAGGUCACUGUGAAAAAAUAAUUCUGUCAAGCUUUCAUUUAUUCAAAACUGCACCCGCAGCCGAGCGUUGGCACCCGUUAUGCGGUGCUCUUGUUUAAUCAAUUUCCUUUGCGUCUGCUGAGAAGUAUCAUGUUCUUAUUGUGUUGUGGUUUCCAUAUUUAUUUAUUUUUACAUCUUACAAUUUGUUAUACUGCUAUGCUGAAGAUUGUAUGUAGGUUGUCAUGUUAACUUUUAGUAAAUAAACGUAUGUUUUUGUGCACGGAUAUCUAUAGAUAUCAGUUGCUAGCACUGUGAUCAUGUGAUAAGUCAUAAACCUCUCUUAUGACACUUCAGAACGUAGUGUCAUAUUCCUUUUAUUAUAUGCACUCGUACAUCUCUAGUUUUUGAACUAUUGCACCAUGUUUAUUGCAGUACAGUGUAACAGUCCUCUACUUGGUAUAAUUAUGACAUUAUAUGCAGAACAAAAAGUAGUCCAUUUAGUAUGGUAAUGUGUAUUUGAAAACAAGGAGUAGCAUAGUACAGUACUGUUUGUUUUUAAGCACACCUGAGCAAAGUGUGCUCAUGGUUAGCUUUUGUGAUCACCUUGUGUCUGUCCUGCGACGUCAGACUCGACUUUUGCCUUGUUAAAACUCUAGAGGCCACAUUAAUUGUCUGAUCUUCAUAAAACUUGGUCAGAAGAUUUGUCCUUAUGAUAUCUUGGACUAGUUUGAAAAUUGUUCCGGUUGGUUGAAAAACAUGGCCGCCAGGGGGUAGGCCAUUUUUCCUUAUAUGGCUAUAGUAAACCUUGUUAACACUCUAGAGGUCACAUUUAUUGUCUGACCUUCAUGAAAUUGGGUCAGAAUAUUAAUUUGGUUUUAAUGAUAUCUUGGGCUGCACAGAAAAGGUCAGUUCCUUUGUAUCUCAGGUGAGCAACUUUGAGCCUUUAAGGCCCUCUUGUUUUCUGUCUACUUGCAUUUCACUGAUUGAUGAUGCAAGUUUUUUGUUUUGAUUUUAAAUUGAUGUAAUUAAUUUGUAUAUCUAUUGUGUUGUUUUCAAAUUCUUGCUCAAAAUUAACAUUUGCAUUUUACUUCACAUUGUUUAUGUCCUAUAUUAUACAAAGUCCCACGAAAAAAAGGAACUCUAGUGAUGUAUGAUCUUCGCGCUGGGAAAAUAGGGUUUAAUGCAUGUGUGUAAAGUGUCUUCCCUGAUUAGCCUGUACUGCAGUCCACAAAGGCUAAUCAGGGACAACAUUUUCGGCUGAAACUGAUUUUUCUGAGGCAUAUACUUACUUUAAAUGAAAAAACCUAUAAAAGCAAAAGUGUCGUCCCUGCAGACUGCAAAAGCUAAUCUGGAACGACACUUUACGCACAUGCAUUAAGCCAGCCCUGUUCUCACAGACUGAGGAUCAUAUCUGUUAAUGGUUUAAAAAUUAUACAAGUACACAUUUUGUACAUGAAUCAUGAUGGACAAAACAAAAGACAAUUUCAAAUUAUUUAUCCGUAUAUGUAAACACAGUGUGUGCCUUCAAUGCUUGAAAUAAAUACCGUACUUUUACAAAUGUAUUUAAUAUUUAUUUGAAAGAUUAUAAUGGUUAUAUUUUAUCUUACAAUUCUAUUGUAACCAAUAAUAUAUUGAAAAUGAUAUGUUGACUAGGGUAAUUAAUAAUUUUAAGUUAUUUCAUAUUUUGUAUACACCCGUUUUCAAAAUGGGACAUUUAUAAGAUCACCCUUGGCGGGCGGCGGCGUCCACAGCAGUGUCCACUCUCUAAUUCAAAUAGUUUUCAUCUGAUCUUCACCAAACUUGGUCAGAAGUUGUAUCUAGACAAUAUGUAGGUGAAGUUAGAAUAUGGUUCAUGCCGGGUCAAAAACUAGGUCACGGGGUCACUUAGUGCAUUUCAAGGAUUAAGCAUGGUGUCCGCUGUCUAAUUGAAAUAGUUUUCAUCAGAUCUUCACCAAAUUUGGUCAGAAGUUGUGUCUAAAUGAUAGCUAGGUCAAGUUCAAAUAUGGGUCAUGCCGGGUAAAAAACUAGGUCAUGAGGUCACUUAGUGCAUUUCAAGCAUUUAGCAUGGUGUCUGCUCUCUAAUUGAAGUAGUUUUUAUCCGAUCUUCACAAAAUUUGGUCAGAAUGUGGGUCUAGAUGAUAUGUAGGUCAUUUUCAAAUAUGGGUCAUGGUUAAGUUAUGAAGUUGUCCAAAACCUUCAAACGGGCGUAUCUUGUGACAGUUUGGCACUCUUGUUAUAAAUCAUUUUAUAUUUAUGAAAACAUGGUUACACAAUAGAAUGUUAACUGAGUUGUUUUUGUUUUUGUCAUUUUACACUAAAUCUAUUUCGCCAUUGUAACAUUUUGUUGUUGUUUUUUCUUGUUUCUUGAUAUAUGUAAAUUGAUGUCUGUUUUGUGUAUGUUUAUGAAUUUAAUUACAUUUUAAAUUUUU